ACCACACAGAGUCCCUCUGCCACGUAUGGGAAAAGCGAAGAAGGAGAUAGACUGUAUGGAGAAUAUGGCCAUAAUCACCAAGAUUGAGGAGCCGAUGGUGCACCAGGAUAGUGGUGGUGCCGAAAAAAGCAGGUACUGUUUACUCGUUUGUGUGGAUUUCACAAGGAUGAAUGAAUCAGUAUGCAGAGCAAAGUUUAUCCUGCCUUCUGUCAAGCACACUCUGGGCAUGCUAGCUGGCACAACAGUAUUCAGCAAAUUAGAUGCCAAUUACACCACAUUCAUCACGCCUUUUGGGCGCUACUAUUUUAACCGGCUACCCUUCGGCAUAUCUUCCGCCCCCGAGCACUUUCAAAGAAUGAUGUUGACAGCAGUGACUGGUGGCCUGGAGUGGGUACUGUGUCACAUGGAUGACAUCCUGGUCUGGGGACAGACACAGGACGAGCAUGAUAUGCGGCUACAUGCGGUGCUAGAGAAGGCACAAAAGGCCGGCAUUACGGUCAACAUGGACAAAUGUGAGCUCACACGCCACGCAGUCAGAUUCCUGGGUCAUGUGAAGCCAGAUCCAGAGAAGACAAGAGCUGUGCAAAAGAUGGAUGCACCCAAAAAUGUCAGCAAAGUUAGGAGUUUUCUGGGCAUGGUCAAUCAGCUGGGCCGCUUCUUACCUAAUCUGGCUGAAAAAGACAAAGUGCUAAGAGACCUACUGUCCAAGAAGAACCACUGGUACUGGGGGACAGAGCAGCAGGCCGCCUUUGAUCAGUUAAAAACAGAGAGAGUCUUCCACACUGAUGCUCGCAAGCAGACAGUAUGGUGGCCAGGACUCAGCAGCCAGCUGAAUGACAGGAGAGAAGGAACAUCAAAGAGCCGCUGAUGCCAACAGAGAUGCCAGACAGGCCUUGGCAAACCUUCGGAGCUG